CGAGGCCGACACCCAAAGUGCGCGCCAAUCGCCAACUUCGCCGUCAGUAGUCAGAGACGCUGUCAAGCCGACGAGAGUGCGGAAGAAGAUGAGCUAUCUGAGGAGUGCGACCGUGCCGCUGCUCCUGGCGAUCCUGGCACGUGUUCAGGGCAUCGCUUUAUUCAAUGCCCCAUCAUGUCCUGAUCCUUACGGAAUUCAUGCUUACGCUCAUCCUGAAGACUGUGGAGCCUUCUUUUUAUGUACGAACGGUACCCUAAGCUACGAGUAUUGCGAAAACGGACUUCUGUUCGACGGACACGGUGAUGUUCACAAUCAUUGCAAUUAUAAUUGGGCUGUCGAUUGCGGCAAUCGUAAGGCCGAUUAUACGCCUAUUGGAAGUCCGGGUUGCGAGUAUCAAUUCGGCAUGUACCCGGAGAGUGACAGCUGUAGCACCAGUUAUAUCAAGUGCGUUUAUGGCGAACCGCAUCAGGCUCAUUGUGACCCAGGUCUGGCUUACAAUGCCAAAACCCACACGUGUGUCUGGCCUGACGAGCUCAUCCCCUUCUGCAACCCCGAGACUAUAGUAGGCUUCAAGUGUCCGCACAAGUUACCCCACAACAGUCCCGCUGCUAAGUUCUGGCCCUACCCGAGAUUCCCUGUACCAGGUGAUUGUGGAAGACUGAUUACCUGCGUGGACGGUAAUCCGCGACUUCUCACUUGCGGAGAUGGAAAAUUAUUCGACUCAGUGAGCUUAACUUGCCUGGACCCAGAAGAAGUUCCUCACUGUUCUAGUGGUGUUUAAAAAUAAAAACGUUCCUGACAAUCAAUCCUGGUAUCAUAAAUCAAGAAAUGACGACAAAAGACAACAAACAUCAAACAAUAAAAAACUAUACAUUUGACGACCAAUUAAAAAUUAAAAAUUAUCUUGGUGAUAUAUAAAAGCAUAACGUAAUAUUAGCCUGAGAUUUAUAUGUAAAAUUAAAAUGUACA